AUUGAAGUUCACAGCCCAAUAAUUAUUUGAAGACAGAAAAAGUGGGUUCAUGAAAAUCCAUAACCAAUCCCAGCCUAGACUAGGUAGGCUUGAUCUUGAAAACACUAUGAAAGAACUCAUCAAAAGCCAAAGACUCUAAGCUGGCUAGUGAAACCCCAAUUUUGGAUUUCCAUCGGCAUCGAUGACUUCAUCCUUGAGCAAGUUCUUCAAAAUCUGAUUGUCCUCUUGGUGAACAUCUAAAAGUCUUAUUUGCUCUUCCAUCUUGUUCUUAGGAUCUGCUACCUCCCUUCUCAAUUCCUUUGUGGCCUUCGCAGCUUCCUCUAGCUUCUUUUGCUUCUGCUCUUCAGACUCUCUGGCAUUCUUUUGGAUGUUCUUAUGUAGUAGCUUAUGAUUUUUGCCCUUUCCAAUUAUAUAGAGUGAGCAAAAGACUAAGCAUACUGGUAACCAUUUGUGACUCUUUGGACAUCGGAGCAAUAUUGAUCGAUAAGUUAUGAAUUUCCAGUAAUUUCUUUUCUCUGAGCUUGAGAUUAUCUUUGAUCUUAUCCUGAAAGCCUUGUUUGUCUAAAGUGUUUCUUAAAAAAGAUUAGAACAAACAAUCUGAUACAGAUGUUGCCUAAAAAAUCUUGUUGGGGGUUUACUUCUUGUAAUUAAUUUGCAGGCACUCUUCACCACUACAAUCCGCAACUGUGAAGCUGGUCAAGUCGUCCGCUCUCAGACCUUUUAAGUGGGGAAUACUGCAUACAUUAAUAUCUUCCACUUGAAUGCCAAGAUGAAAGGGUGUUGAUUGGGCUAACUUUGAGGGAUUUACUCUCUUCUCUUUGAAACAAAGGUUACUGGUGAAGUUCAAGCUGGUUUGAUCUUGUAGAGGAAGAUACAGCCUUCCCUAAACCUUGAGGAGACGAUACAGCUCAGACUUUGAUUGAGCUUUAGUCUCCACAACAUUCAGAUUGAUAGCUCUGAGAUCCAUGAUUCCUCGUAUUUUUGCAUC